CCAGGUAAAAGGAAAAUGUCAGAGGCAUCAAUGAUUGUGCCAUCCUCUGCCAGUUUAUCUAUGCAGAGUACAUUACCAUUGGCUAAUACCUCAACCCCACGAAAAAGCUGGGUUAAGAUGCCUCUUCAAAUCAUGAGCUCUGUGGAAAAGAACAGUACUUUCUCCAUACGUGAUAAAAGAACAAUGGAGUUUAGUUUUGAAUCUGCAUGUUCUGCAACCAGACCUCUUGGAAAGAAUAAUUCUGUAGAACAGAAAACUGAAGGAGUCAUUAAUAUUGUCCAUAAUGAAGAAGAUGUAGACACUGGUGAAAAGGAAAAGUUAAAUGAAGUAAUAGAUAUUAUCUUUGAUUCUCGGCAAGAAGGCAGAAGUGACAAACAGUUAAUGCCAGACAGUGGUGUUACUGGAAUUAAGAUCCAGAAAAGACAGAUGUGUUCAGUGCCUGAGAAGAUAAUAUCAAAUUGUAGCAAGCAGACUAGUAGUGCAUCACGGAGCGCAUUCUAUCAAGCUUCUACCUUAAGAGAUAGAGCUGCCAAGCAAAGAGCAUUUUCUUCAAUAUUUGAAAUGACUUCAGAGUUGAGAAACAACCAGCAAUGUAGUGGAAAAAACAUGAAGGAGCAGCAGAAUGAGACCAACAACAUACCAACAAAAAAUGUCACAAGAAACAGUGCAGAAUCACAAAACAGGUUUAAGGAUGUCGAUGAGAAAACAUCAAGAAGCAGCAAGAUUGUUUCUACUAAACCUGAAAUGCCUCUUAAUGCUACCAGCAUGAAUUCUUUAGUAAAUCUUAAACACUCAGAAUUAGUUAUUGAAAAAAAUGAUUAUGAUGAUGGCUUUGAAGAUACUGUGACUAGCUGUGACUUAUCUUCUGGGAAAAAAACUACUAAGAAAACUGAUCGUGGGAAAAGUGAAAAGGUAAAGUAGGCUUAAAUUUUAUCAUUACUUGCAAGGCUAAGU